AUGAAGCUCUAUGAGAUUGAGAUUGAUUUCAGUUACCAAUCUCUCUGCCUUCUUCUCCAGAUUGUCAAGAUUCCAGAAUUUCGUCACAACAUUAACACGAUAUUCUUCCGCACAUUUGGCAUCAUGCCCCCUCCAAAAGAUGAGAUUGAUGAAUGGGAGUGGUAUCGAGAUCAUGUCGAAAGAAAAGAGCGAGACGAUUACGAGCGAUCAAGUGAAGCUAUUUACCUCCUUACUGAAAUUCUACGGUACCUAUCCGACGCAAGGGAACUCUCUAUGAUGGAACUCCUCUCCAACUACAACGUUGUUGUGUUUAAGGCCAUGGACCUAGCGCAGUUCCCAAAACGCACGCUUUUCUAUCUUAUUGAACCAAGACGUGUGCUGGAUCAAAAGUACGAGGAGUUUGGGCGAUCAUCUGCUUCAUUCGCGCGUUACAUGAAGUGGACUACUAUUAUGCAUCAGACCCCACAAGUUGAGUGGCAUAGGUUUGUGGCCGACGCCGUCGCCCCGAACGGAGGCGAAGACGAAGGACCACGAGAGACCGCAGCAGAACGCAGGAUCAGAAAAGCAGAUGAGUACGAAGACGCAAUCGACGAAGGCUACCAUGUUCGCGAUUACCGACUCAACGACCCCCAUGUCGCAAGCUUCUUUCACGGCCUAAGUACUGUCCCACACUUGUACAUUGACGGCUGCGAUCGGUUCCCCCGGCUACGUUUCUGCAACGCUUGUAACGACAUCUUCGCUUACAGCAUCAUUAGAGUACCGUUCACUCAACUCACCACACUCGAAAUCGGACACAUGUACGUCAGCGGCGGUCGUCUUCAACAUUUCAUCAAACGUCACUCUCAUACACUCAAGAACAUUGAAUUUGAUGGCACAAUCCUGACCGAUGGCUCUUGGAAAACCAUCGCACGAGUUCUCAGACAGAUCUCCGGUCUUGAGCACCUCAGGCUUCUGAACGAUCUUUGCCAGAAGGCAAACGCUCAUCCAACCAAACGUCGACCUCAGAAGUAUGUGCCUUACGAUGGUUGGCGUACGCCGUUUGAUACUCACGCGGCUGUUCGUCGUUUUCUGAAGGAUUUUAUCAAGUUCUUUUCGACGUCCAGGUAUGUGUAUAAGCGUGUGCCUCUCCGGCCUUUGCCACAGUAUUACAAGGUUGAUCUCUUUCACUUGCCGUCUAGGUAG